AUGUGCAUGCUCGUCCAGUGUGGCGAAAACAGCAGAAAGGACCAGAGGUGGACAUUAGGUCUUCUGCCUUGGACUCCGAAUCUCCUGAUGAAAGAGAUCAAGCUGCAGCUGAACAACGUGGACCCUGAAUUCAACAGUAGCGGUGGGAGGCCUGCAACUAAUGUAAAGUUCCUGGACGACGACGAUUCAUUCUUGUCGCUCGAAGGAGUGCUUCUUGACACCCUGGACGGUUGGAGCAAGACUCGACUUCGAUGUGACGAUUUCAAUUCGGUACAAGACAUUCGGAACUCGGCGUCGUCUGCCAAUGCGUACAUUCCAAUUGACGAAGAGCUGAAAAUGGCGUUGUGGAAAGAGCUGGUUUGUAACCGAGCAGGCAUAGCAACGCUGCUGGACCUCAUCAUGAAUGCAUUCUGGACGCCGCUAUUCUGGAUGUUCAAUGCGCUCCGCCUCACCUAUGUUCGGCUAUACGGCGUACUGACGACUCGUUGCGCUGGAACUUACACCUUUGGCUUAAGGGGCAGCCGAUCAUUCCAAGUCGGUGGUAAAUGCCUCGCAGAACUUUUCCAAGAUCUUGGGGUCAUGAGGAGUGAGCCAUGGGCUUACUAUCAGAGUAUCGGAAGAGCGGUCACUUGA